GCAAACUCCAUGUUUCCUUACCCACCCAACCAGGACGGCAGACGGAUCCUGCCCUUGCAAACCAACCCACCUCCCCCCAGCCAAGCCAGGCAGCAUCGAACCGAAUCCGAGGGCAUCCUCCGCGCAGCGAGCACGAGCAGGGGGAGAAGAUGGGGAUCGGCUACGCGGCGGGCGUCCUCGGCGGCGCCCUCCUCGCCCACGCCGCCUACGCCACCAUCCAGUAUCGCGCGGUGCUGAAGAUCACGGAGGAGUUCUCGCGGCCGCCUAUGGAUGUGAUGAUGCAGUUGCUUCUGGGGUUGGCCUUAUGCAUGUGGGCAGGUCUUGCUGUUCCAACAAAGUUCCUUUCAGUGCUCCCACAUUCCGAGGAGAAUAGGAUCGUCUCUCUGCCGGCAAACCUGGAUUUCAUGAUCUUCAACCACCGCGGAAGUGCGCUGCUGUCAGACGCAGACUUGAAGCUGAAGACAUAGACGCACGUUUUCAGAUUCUGUUCUUGCCUUGUAAUCUUUGCCCUCGAGGAGGGUCCAGUUUUUGUGUCGCCAUUUGUUUUGGGGGAAAAACCUUCCCUGACCACUAUUUAUCUACGUGGUAACUGUAGAAUUUGUGGCACUGUAAUUCUACAUUUUGUAUGGAGGUAAUUCGAGCUUCUGUUGCAGCC